AACACGGUCACACUGAGAGGAAAAUUGCUGCUUGCAAUAACAAAUAAACAAUUAGUGCAGCGAUUAACUACCAAUAGUAAUUGAAAGUAGUCAAUUACGUGGACCAAAACAAAUUCGGCAAUAGUCCCCACAUCCCACUCAUUUUUUUUGGCCUAGGAACAGCGAAGAAUCUAGCAAACAAACACCCAUGCAGCCGCACACAGGAGACAACAAACACACACACAGGCGCGAGUUGUAGGAGCACCCCAGGAAGAAGAAGAAUCUGCAGAAGGUAAGGCGCAGAACAACAGCUCCCUCAGUUGGUGAAGGUCACUCAGAGGGAGGAAUACUACGCGGAGAAGGAGGAGGAGCAGUCGGAGCACUCACACACUCAGCCAAUAAAUGGCCGAUGGCAAUGGGCUGCCAGCGGGUGCAGCUUCCGGCGGAAUGGAGGCCGGCCAGGCAGUAAAUGGAGCCGGCUCCGCCAGCCCUACGCCCAUCUCCAGUUCGGGGGCGGGGGCCAGCGGGAGUGCCAAUCAAGGAUACCAUCAAUUAAGCGUGACAAUCGAGGAGGCUUCGCUGCGCAACAAUGGCUUUCUCAAGCCGAAUCCCUACGUGGAGCUGCUGAUCGAUAGUAAAAGCAAGCGGAAGACGGACCUGGUUAAGAACAGCUAUCUGCCCAAGUGGAACGAGGAGUUUACAGUUCUGAUCACACCCAAUUCCACACUCCACUUCAAAGUGCUGGAUCACUCCAGUUUCCGCAAAGAUGCCAUGCUGGGGGAGCGGAUCAUAAAUCUGGCACACAUCCUGCAGCUCUAUAAUGGGCAAUGCGAGUUCCUCGAACUGACCAUCGACCUGUUCGUCACCAGCAAAUCGGACAACCGCCAGACGAAGAGCGGCGAGCUGGUGGCCAUUCUCAAUGGCCUGAAACUGGACAUGAGCAAGGUGCAAAUUCAACAAGUGUCUGCCCAGCAGAAUGGCAGUCCACCCGUCCCAUCGGUUAUCCCGAGCAGUGAUUUAGCCCCCGGACGCAGUUGCAUGAUUUACGGUGGAGUGCGAGCACGAAUGCGUCUUCGCUCGAGUGGUGGCAACAGUAAUGGUGCAGAGAGCCGUUCGCCUCUGCCGAACGGAGGAGCGGAUCAUAGGAGAUCGGCUCCAGCGCCGCCGGUGUGGGAGCAGCAGCAACAACCCCAGAACCAGCCGCAACCCCUGAGAAUGGUUAACGGCAGUGGGGCGGCAGUCCCGCAGACAGCGCCGUAUCCCCAGCAGCCGCCAGCUCCCGCACUCGCACGUCCUCUAACGCAGGUGUACGGAGCGCUUCCCGAGAACACUUCCCCAGCUGCGGUUUAUUUGCCAGCGGGAGGAGGAGCGUCAGUAGCAGGACCAGGAGUUGCAGGCCCGCCUAUGGAGCAGCCGGGAGUUGGGCUGCCCGUCAGCCAAAGCACAGAUCCACAACUGCAAACGCAACCGGCGGACGAUGAACCACUGCCGGCUGGCUGGGAAAUUCGCUUGGAUCAGUAUGGCCGGAGAUACUACGUAGAUCACAACACAAGGUCCACGUACUGGGAGAAACCGACGCCAUUGCCACCAGGCUGGGAGAUCAGGAAAGACGGUCGGGGUAGGGUGUACUAUGUGGACCACAACACGAGGAAGACCACCUGGCAGCGACCGAACAGCGAGCGCUUGAUGCACUUCCAGCACUGGCAGGGGCAACGGGCACACGUAGUAUCUCAGGGCAACCAGCGAUACCUGUACUCACAGCAACAACAGCAGCCCACGGCGGUGACCGCCCAGGUGACGCAGGACGACGAGGAUGCACUGGGACCGCUGCCAGAUGGCUGGGAAAAGAAGGUCCAGUCUGACAACAGAGUGUACUUUGUAAACCAUAAGAAUCGCACCACCCAGUGGGAGGAUCCACGCACCCAGGGCCAGGAGGUGAGCUUGAUCAACGAGGGCCCGCUUCCGCCCGGCUGGGAGAUCCGCUACACGGCAGCCGGCGAGCGCUUCUUCGUGGAUCACAACACGCGACGCACCACCUUCGAGGAUCCUCGACCAGGAGCCCCUAAAGGAGCCAAGGGAGUGUAUGGAGUUCCUCGUGCCUACGAACGCAGUUUCCGCUGGAAGCUGUCGCAGUUCCGGUACUUGUGCCAGAGCAAUGCUCUUCCCUCGCACAUCAAGAUCACGGUGACGCGACAAACCCUGUUCGAGGACUCCUACCACCAGAUCAUGCGCCUGCCCGCCUACGAGCUCCGGCGUCGUCUCUACAUUAUAUUCCGCGGCGAGGAGGGAUUGGACUACGGUGGGGUGUCUCGCGAGUGGUUCUUCCUGCUAUCCCACGAGGUCCUGAAUCCCAUGUACUGUCUGUUUGAGUACGCGAACAAGAAUAACUACAGCCUGCAGAUAAAUCCCGCCUCGUACGUGAAUCCCGAUCACCUGCAGUACUUCAAGUUUAUCGGUCGCUUCAUUGCAAUGGCCCUGUACCACGGAAGGUUUAUCUACAGCGGGUUCACAAUGCCUUUUUACAAGCGCAUGCUGAACAAGAAGCUGACCAUUAAGGACAUCGAGACGAUCGACCCGGAGUUCUACAACUCUCUCAUCUGGGUCAAGGAUAACAACAUUGAUGAGUGUGGCUUGGAGCUGUGGUUCAGCGUUGAUUUCGAAGUGCUCGGCCAGAUAAUCCAUCACGAGCUGAAGGAGAACGGGGAGAAAGAACGCGUGACCGAGGAAAACAAGGAGGAGUACAUCACACUGAUGACAGAGUGGCGAAUGACACGUGGCAUCGAGCAGCAGACAAAGACGUUCCUGGAGGGCUUCAACGAGGUGGUGCCUUUGGAGUGGCUCAAGUAUUUCGAUGAGCGAGAACUCGAGCUGAUCCUGUGCGGCAUGCAGGACGUGGACGUGGAGGACUGGCAGCGCAACACCAUUUACAGGCACUACAACCGCAAUUCCAAGCAGGUCGUCUGGUUCUGGCAGUUUGUACGCGAGACGGAUAACGAGAAGCGCGCUCGUUUGCUGCAGUUCGUGACGGGCACGUGUCGCGUCCCCGUCGGAGGGUUCGCCGAGCUGAUGGGCUCCAACGGACCGCAGCGCUUCUGCAUCGAGAAGGUGGGCAAGGAGACGUGGCUGCCGCGCUCGCACACCUGCUUCAAUCGAUUGGACCUGCCGCCCUACAAGAGCUAUGAUCAGCUGGUGGAGAAGCUGACCUUUGCCAUCGAGGAGACUGAGGGCUUCUGCCAGGAAUGAGUGGCAGUCGAUUUGUGGUCGGUUUGUUGAUUAAUGUUUAAUUCCAGUUGAGCGCCUGCGUUACCGUCCCCCCCUCCACCGUACCCACUGUCCCAACCCCAUUCCCUUCCCAUUCGACGACCACGUUGCGUUAAAUAGUUACUGUUAUUAUUAUUACAUACGUAUGUAUUACUACUGUAUACUGUAAACAUAAAACACUUUUGUCUGUCUAUUCCUAUGUUCGCUACCACCUAUUUUGAGGGUACAACUACGCCUUGAUUAAGUUAGGUACCAUAUCAAUGAAGGGUUUGUUUAAAAGUGCGAAAAAUAUAGAACGAUAUAUGUAUGUAUUGAAUAUCUAUUGUACAGUACUUUUUUAUUUUUUAUACAUAGUUUAUAUGUUCUAUUCCUUUUUAAUUUUAAAGUAAGUCAUUGAUUUUGCUCUGUUGAUAAAUUUUUACCAGUACUUUUAUCUGUCGAUAUAUUUUUGUGGUCCGCAAUUACUCUGUAGUUUCGACGGCUAUAAAUAAAAGAUUUACAUCUAAUCCCUAAAUAUUUAUAACUUGAAGCACUUUUGGUAUAACGAUUUGUUCAAGGAAUAGUUGUAUACAAUUUCGUAGGAAUCCCUCCGUUUUGGCUUACAAAAAGCUGCUCAGCAAUCGCAACCAAAUGUUACGUUUUUGCCAUAAGAUUGCACUCUGAUUGCUUCUAGUUCAAUUGUACAACGAGCUCCGGCUUGCAUGUUUUUAACCACUAUUGGUGAACUUAUAUUUAUAUUUACACGCCCCACUUGUAAAUAGUUUACUCAACCAAAUUCAAAUUGUUAACGAACUGAGUUGGUUUACUGGCAAACUGUUUUUAACUGUUCAAUUGUUUAAUACGUAUACACAACAAAUCUAAAUAGAAACUAUAUUUUAAAUAUGUAUAUCCACACUAACGAACACACACAUGAGAUAUCGUGAGAACUUGACACACCGCAAAGCAAACAAAUACGUUAGGGUUUUUACAGACAAACAAGAGAAUACACUUAAACCAAUAAUAAAUUCAAAUAGCAAUAAUUGUUGUUAACAAAACUAAAGGUAGCAAAAGAGAGAUCAAUGGCAGCGACGCAUAUAUUAAUUACGCUACAUAAAUGUGCAGACUAAGACAAAUCGGAGAAUAAGGAGGAGCGGCGUAUAUAGAGUUGAUUGUGUACGAUUACAUAUUAAAUAUAUAUAUUAUGUAUUAAAUAGAUUUUAUUUAGUUUAAUGCAAUGUGUACUGUAUUAUAUAAAAUAAAUGCAAAAUUAUUUAGUGAUA